GUCCAGUGUCGCGUUGAGAUCGUUGGUAGAGUGUCGCACGUGCUCUCGCCGACGCGGUUAUUCGCACAGGGGAAAAAAUGUGACUGUAACACCGUGUCUGUGAUGAUCUAAAAUCCAGCACGUUAGGCAGGACUGGAAACGUAUCCCUCACAAAUUCAGAUGAACCGAAGUGCCAAAUGAGAUCUUGUAACAGUUAAUAUCUGGAGAAAAUGAACUUUGCUAAACGGAUGGCAACCAUGGAACUAUAGCUCACAAAAUAAAGGUAUAACAACAAUACUAAAGAGUGUGUAAAAAAAAAAAAAUCCAUUUCUCAUACAAGAAUCAGUGCGACUGCGACCGGACUGUUAAAGCUAUAAACAGUCCAUUAAAGAGAAGAAAGGAGAUUUCAACUCGUUUGCAUAAGAGUAGCAUCCAGACUCGCCAUGUCGAAAGGAAUAACAAGAUGGCUGUUGGUAUGUGCGGCGUGUGCCUGGGUUCUGGCUGGACGCACCGAGGCUAGAAGUAUAACCUGUCGCCUAAACGUUGACUGCAAGAGGAUCUGUAAUGAGAAUGGCACCUUCUACCGGCCUCAGGAAUGCACCUCUUGUUGUCCUCGAAACGGCAUAGAGGCCAUGGCAGUGAAAGAAAACACGGUUGAAGGAAGGUUGACGACAUUGGAGUCGACGGUGAAUGAGCUCCGAGUCAUGACCGGCGUUCUUCUUGCUCUGGUUCUCGUGUUGAUCCUGGUGAUGCUGGGGAUGCUCCUCCACCUCACCAAGAACAUGCCCAAGCUCACCCUGCCCGUGUUCUUUAGGAAUGCCAAGAAGGGCGCUGCCAACAUGAACGACAAAAAUCCCACGCACAAGACCUGCAACGGUGUAGCCGACCCCAACGUCGCGGUGGGCAGGAUUGCCAAUCACCAGACCAGCUGCAGUCCGAAGACCAAGAGAUCGUCUUUCAGAAAGUCGACCUACGGGCCCACCGAGGACACGGUCGGGCAGUACGAGCCGCGUUCCUUCAGGGUCCGACAGCCCUCCGAGUCCACAUGUCCUGACGAAGGCGCCGACAUCUCCCAGCAAGGAUACGACAAUCUAGGCCUAUCGACACCCUGGGCCCGAUAGUCUCCACCAACACCCUGGAUACGACACUCGCAUCGGAGAAUAACAUUCCCUCGGUCGUUAACAACACGACAGUUUAAGAUUUUUAAUAUGUCUUCAAGGCUAUUUUAAACUAGCUGCUUACCAUUCUGUUUUGUUCCCGUCAGUGCUCUAUUCCUUUUAUAUUUGUAGUUCUUUUGGUAAUGGAAAGAUUAUCUAAUUUACCUGAAAAUGCUACAUGUAACUACGGAAGCCUGCCCAAAGCUGAUCUUCCUCCAUUUCCUAAGUUAUUUUCUUCUCUUU